CAACAUGUUGAGCCUCCCACCGAGUCCAAAUCUAUAGAAGUUGGGGAUUAUAUAGAAGUACGUGCGGGAGAGCACCUGGGGAAACGCGGCAUUGUGGAAUGGUUUCCUAUUGGAGGAAUCAGCCUCUGGUUCCUAUGUCAGAACUAUAUCUCGACUGGGGAUGAUGAGGAAUCCAGUGUCAAACUCCAGAGGAUUCGAGUUCCGGCAACAAUGGUUCAACGAGCAUACAUCCCCAGCACUCUCAAAUACACGAAGGAAAAGGGGUAUGAUAUCAGGCCUGGAGAUGUUGUGAGAGUCGUCCGUGGGCCAGAGUAUCAGACAAAAGGGGUCGUGCAAAGCGUCGACUUUCCAAACGCUCGCUUGAACCUACUAUCUGACGUUGACCGCUCACUCAUCAAUGUUCCAAUUCGAUUUGUGAUGAAAAUAUGUAACACAAGCUUGGAUUCAUUCAACAAUGUCAUCGGCCAAGAAGUCUUCAUUAUUGCGGGUGCUCGUAAGGGCUACCGAGCCACACUAUAUGGUCUCGCACUUGAUACUUGCAGCAUUGCUGUGCAUGGGCAGGCGCGCACAACACUCAAACUCAAGGACAUUGCCACCAGAAGCAUUACCCCUCCACCUGAGAAAACGGUACUCGCUCCAAGUAUCACCCCCUCACCUGUCGACUCCAGCUCGUCGGCUGUCACAGCUCCCAGCCGAUCGUCCAUGUGGGACGUCUGGUCCGCCAAUUCAGCUAUAGAUAUAGCGGAUAAGUCUCCUGUCACUCCCAGCUCGUCAAUGUUCGAUCCCUGGACUGUCAAUGUUGAGGAUAAUAUCGACGCUAGUACAGAAGAACUCCCUGGUCCACUAUCAUGGUUGAUAGGGAAGGAAUUUUCAUCGCUACUCACUAUGUAUCAUGCAGUGCUGAAAGUUUCACUGAGAUUCAUGAAUGGAAGGCUACAUAAUCGUUUUGUAUCAACGGCUUGUCCAGACCCCUUCCUUGGUGAUAAUGGACCCACACCGGAGGGUUCUGUAGCAGCAUUCUGCACAUCUAGCAACUUCGGCGGCGCCCUUCAACACUAUCAUAUUCCUGCCAAGGACCUUAGCCCAGCUCCUCCACGCAAAAAAAAUCAAGAGUGUCUCGUUCUAGACGGUACUUCUCGCGGACAAAUCAUUACCAUUGUGAAGUGCAAUAUCAAGAAAAUGACUGCGGAGCUUGCGAUUACGCCCAGGUCUAGCUCAACUCUGCGUUUCGAUCAGAUGUGUCUUGUAGAACGGGCACAGAUGCCACAGCGAUAG